GGCAUGGCCGUCAAUGUGUAUUCCACGUCUGUGACGAGCGAGAACCUGAGCCGCCAUGACAUGCUUGCGUGGGUCAACGACUCGCUGCAGCUCAGUUACACCAAGAUCGAGCAGCUGUGCUCAGGUGCCGCCUACUGCCAGUUCAUGGACAUGCUGUUCCCGGGCUGCGUCCACCUGCGGAAGGUGAAGUUCCAGGCCAAGCUGGAGCACGAGCACAUCCACAACUUCAAGGUGCUGCAGGCCGCCUUCAAGAAGAUGGGCGUGGACAAGAUCAUCCCGGUGGAGAGGCUAGUGAAGGGGAAGUUCCAGGACAACUUUGAGUUCAUCCAGUGGUUCAAGAAGUUUUUCGACGCCAACUACGACGGGAAGGAGUACAACCCGCUCCUGGCGAGGCAAGGCCAGGAGGUGGUGCCCUCCCCAAACCCAGGUGAUCAGAUCUUCAGCAAACCCAAGAAACCCCUUGGCACUGCAGUUCCACAGAGGACCUCCCCAACGGGCCCCAAGAACCUGCAGAACCCGGUCCGGAUGAAUGUCGCGCCCAGCAAUAUUGUGCGGAAAAACCCUCUGUCGGCCCGGAACGGGGGCAGUGAAGCGGACGCCCAGAUCCUGGAGCUCAACCAGCAGCUGAUGGACCUGAAGCUGACCGUGGACGGGCUGGAGAAGGAGCGCGACUUCUACUUCAGCAAGCUGCGCGAUAUCGAGCUGAUCUGCCAGGAGCACGAGAGCGAGAACAGCCCAAUCAUUUCGGGCAUCAUCAGCAUCCUGUACGCCACAGAGGAAGGUUUUGCCCCUCCGGAGGACGACGAGCUGGACGAGCAACAUCCGGAAGACCAGGACGAAUACUAGCCGGGCCUCACGUGCUGGCCGGCCCGCCCGCCCGCCCACCCGCUUGCUCGCUCGCUCGCUGCCCCGCCAUUGCAGACCGCCCCACGCUCCUCGCCGACCACGGACACUCGCGGCUGCGUUGCGCAGCCUCGCCCUGCAGUCACACAUUAUAGCAGGUUUCUACCAACCCGAGAGGCCCACGGUGCGUUCCGUCUGUUCCGCAGGCCCUGU